CAUCAGACAGGUAACCGGCCCUAAACGCUCUCGGCAUCUCUCGCUCUGCACAGCUCACCAACACACGAGAAGUGAUUGAGCCCGGUACUCGACGCAGACGACAAUCUUUUUAAUCGCAGACGAUAGAUUGCUGCUGUCAUUUACAUAGAUUUGUGACACUGUUUUUUGGAGGAAAUCACGGAUCGGGAAGCGAGAGAGGAGGAUCGGUCAGUUAAGAGUUCGGCAAGGGAGUUGCUGUCACUGCUUAGUCAUUCCGGUAAUACUGGAGUCCAGGCGGCCGGGCACUAUGUCGACCGCAGUUUCCGAAUCAUCAAUGACCAUGAGUCAGAGCAUGGAUUCUGUCAGCACCAUCACGGAGGAAGAGGUGCGAACGCUGUUCGUGAGUGGCCUGCCAAUGGACGCGAAACCAAGAGAGCUCUACCUCUUAUUUAGAGCUUACAAGGGAUAUGAAGGCUCUCUCUUAAAAGUCACGAGUAAAAAUGGCAAAACAUCGUCGCCCGUUGGUUUUGUAACGUUUACUACAAGAGCUGGUGCGGAGGCUGCGAAGCAAGACUUGCAGCAAGGAGUCCGCUUCGACCCCGAUCUCCCGCAGACGAUUCGCUUGGAGUUCGCGAAGAGCAACACAAAGGUUAGCAAACCGAAACAGCAGUCACCCCCUGCCGCCGCCACGCACCCUACACUCCUGCACCCUCUGGCCGGACCAGAAAUCGGAGCUGCGCUUCUCCCCGCUACUCACGAGGGGUGGCCCCACCUGUCUCUGUCUUAUGCGGAAGUGCCCGUAUCGACGGCCCUGCACACGGCUGCCCUCAUGCACCCCGCCCUACAUGCACAGUUGCCGCCUGAAAUGUACAACCCUCCUGACAACUUUACCUGCCGUUUCUGGCCCUCUUAUGAAAAACCACCUCUGACGAUGCCUCAUCCAUUGUCUCAUGCAGCCUUGGCGGGAAGUGCUGCCAUUCACGCGACCUUACCACCACCCCAUCUGGUGGCCAGUCCUGCAUUAGCCAGUCCCGUGGGUUCCACCUCGUCGGCAUCAGGAACAUUACCUUGUUCUACUUUGUUCGUCGCAAACCUUGGGCAAUUUGUUUCCGAACAAGAACUCAAAGAUCUCUUUGGAAGCUUCCCAGGCUUUUGUCGUCUGCGCAUGCAUAAUAAAGGCGGAGCACCUGUAGCAUUUGUCGAAUAUCAGGACAUCCGACUGGCCACCCACGCCCUACAAGCCCUGCAGGGCUACGUGCUCUUCUCCUCCGACCGGGGCGGCAUCCGAAUAGAGUACGCCAAGAACAAGAUGGGAGAAGUGAAUUGCCAAAUGGUCAACUCUCUCCUCACCCAAAAUGGAAACUGUAUACAAAACGGAGUCAACUGAAGGGGUAUACCGAGAGGCCAAGAGAGAUGUCCUGUGUUCCCUGCCUCUUCGAGGAAGUUGAAUACAAUAAAAGAGUAUAUAAACAUAUAUUAUCUCGACUAAGUUAAGAAAAAGUACCUUUAUUUUUCCUUUUCGAUACGUUUUUUUGCAUUCGUUGUAAUUCUCAUAUUUUGGUUCCGUACACCGAUGACCAAUGUUCAUAGUUUUACCGUGUUGGUGUUUUAACCAUUAGCAUAAAUGACCGUUUUACAGUGCAUUUGUUACUUUAAUCACUGUUGGACUGUUCUAAAAAAUAUGCUUACUGUGUAAUGCAAAUAUCAGUGUCUCUGUCAAAGAAUGUCGUUUUUCUCCCAGUGUAUCGACUCAUAUCGUCAGAGCCCGUUAUAUAUUGUUUAUAUAAAAGGUGCUUCUAUCUUGUUUUUCUAAAAAGUUAUUCUGGCAUUUUAAAAUAGCUCUCGAAUUUUAUUAUCGUGAUAUUUAUUUUGAAACAGUUGAGUGAUGGAAAAUGAAUUGUAUAUUUUAUAGGUAAAAACUGUAUAGUUUAGAAAUUAACAUCAUGCUUGUCCAGUAUUGAUUGCACUUUUUAGAUUAUUUAUUCAUUAGAAAUUUUAGAAUUAUUAGUGAAAUGUGGCACUCCAUUGCAGCCAAUUUAGCCUUAAGUUAAUAGCUUCUGUGAACAAAUUUACUUCCUUGUCGUGUUUUUCUUAAACUUUUUCAUUCAGUAAUUAACUAAAUGACGAUCAAGCUUGAAGAUCAAGAGUUGACAUCAUUAGUGUUUAUCGAAAGUUAUUUUCUAUGAUGAGCAGAAUUUUUAUCUCGUGAUGAGUGUCAUUUUAUUGCGUAAAUACUUCAGUUAUUCCAUUAAAAACGAUGGGGAUUUUAUUUAUUUGUUGUUUCAAAUGUGUCUGUUUUUCUACCAUCAAUAUAGAUUUUUUUAUGUUUUGAAUUUAAAAAGUCAUUUGCUAAAAAAGUUUUUAACUCAUGAAUAAUUAUGGUUUAAAAUUGAGCUUAUUAUUUUCUUUUCUGCUGCUUUCCUCAAAUAUAUACUUAAAGAUUUCUUAUUAAGUUACAUUAUUAUAUUAUUAUGACUUGGGAUUCCUGCAUUUGAAUCAUUUUGCCAUAAUAGCUUAUUUGAAAGCAAUCAUCCAAAUAAUCCAACAGAUUUUGAUGAUGUGAGUGUCAGAAAUUACUUUUAAACGUAUCAAGGGACUUCUAUUUGCUAUUAUCAUAAAAUUGAAAAGAAUUUUAACAGUUUUAAACUUGUGAUGAAUUCAUUCAAAAUCUCAACAAAAACGAUAAGACUGAUGAUAAAAUUGUUUUUAUUAUUUCAUUUUCAAUAUAAUUAUUAUUUUAUCCCCUAAUAUUUUCUCUGUGUAUAUUUUUAAUUUUUUUAAAGCAGAUUUUAGAAAAUUUCUUCAUGUGAGAAGCUACAUUUGUUCGGAUACUUAUAUUUUUCUAAUGAAUACCCGUUAUCGUGAUGCUCUUUUACAAACAAAAUCAAAAUUUUACUUUGGCAAGAGUAUUUUACUUAAAAAUGGACUACUGCCUACCUAAAUUCUCGAAUGUUUAUCUACGAUAUGUAUUCUUAUUUUAAUAAAAAAAAUAGCUAAAUCAAUAAUAUCCAGCAUUAAAAAACUUUUUAACCCCAAUUUUAAUAUGAAGUUGUUUUUAAAAACAGCAUUAAAAAAAUAUUCUUCUUCUUUAAUUUGAAAUAAAUUACUUCUUAUAUCUGAAAUAUAGGAAAUUUAUUUAAUUAUAAAAAUAUGUGUUUAGUUUCCAAAUGAAAAAAUACUUGUAAUAUUUAUUAAAGAAAUAUAUAGGUCCUUGGAUAUUCUAUUCUAAAAUGCGUGGAAAACGUACAAGAUCAGGCUUUUGAAAUUUAUUUAACAUUUGAAAUCUUAAAAAGAAAUAAACAUUCGGUCACAUUCAAUAUUUUAAAAAAACUAGUUGUGUUUACUUAACAUACUGUUGUUCAAAUUGGAAAAUUGUUUUUCAUUUUUCAAUCAUCAGAAGCAUAUGGCAAAAGAUUUCAUAAUUGUUAUCAAUGUAUACAUCUCGAUAUGCCACAACUACUAUUUACAAUUGUUGGAAUUUAAAAUGCUGUAUGCCAACUUCGCCAAAGCAUACCAAAUCGUCCUAUCGCCAGCAUGGUACCAGGAGACAAGCUGGCUGCUAAUUCGUAAUGGCAAAUUAUAUAUAUUUGGCAAAGCUGGUAUGAAGACUUUAAUCCAAAAAAUUUAUUAUUCUACUGAAUCCAUGUGCUAUUAGAAAUGAAAAAGAGCCAUCUCGAUACCAAAGCAUUUCUCACAUUUUACACUGCAUGAAAUAUUCGAAAAGCAGAAUACUUUCUCUACUGUGCCUUAACAAGUCGUUUCGCCCUGUUUGAGGCGCGAUUUUGUCUAUCUUGAUGUACUUCAUGAGUCUCAUCUAUGCUGAUUGUGAUAUCAAAUAGGUAAGAUUUGCAAAGUUGUCGUAUUCAUCCACCUUUUCUACUGAAAUAUAAAGUCUUUUCUACGAGUGUCCAUAGUAAAUAUUUGGAAACUUUCGUUUUCGUGUCUCUUUUUGAUUGUGAGUGACAGUUGUAAAAUCAUCCAGCAUGUUUAAUGUCUUUUUCUAUUCCGUUACAAUGCAAAGAACUACUGAAAGCUGCAGCCAUUCUUCAGAUGCCAGUUUUUAAAUAAAUAUAAAAUUCGAAAGUUAUUGAUAUUAACUCUAUACUGCGCAAUUUUUAUUUUUCAACACAAGUUACGUACAUUAUAUAAAUAAGUUCAAAGAAUGCAAUAGAAAAAAAAUUUUAAAAUAUGAAUUUAAAACUGAAAUUAAUUGAUUAAAUAUUAAUUGAUUUAUAACUCUUUAUUAAAACAUAUUUCUGCUUUAAAUCAAAACUGUAAUACGUGGGACAUUUUAAUAUCACUUUUUAAUAUAUUCGGAAUCAAAUGGAAAAAAUACCCAGGAAUACUUGCUAUUGAAAUAUAUAGCACAGCGCAAUGUAGGGUAAAAUAUGAAUGAAUUUAUAUUUGAAGCAACUCAUUUAUCCUUUUAAUUUCAAUUUUGGUGCACUUUUUCGAAAUUUAUCAAAAAAAGGUAAUUUUAAAUCAGUACAUCUUAAAUAUUUUCUAAAUACAUGAAAUACAAAUAAAUGAUAUAUGAAAUACAUGCUUUCGUUCACUAAAUCUGAAUACAAAAUGCAACAGCUGACGCCGGCAAAAAAAAAAAAAAAAAAAAUGUCAAAUUACCUCAAAUUCUAGAAUCGAGAGAAAACUCUGGCUUAUGAAGAAAUUGGCAAAGCGGGUUUUUUGUUUGUUUAUUUAUUUAUUUUUAAUCUCCCUCCUUCCUUUUUUUUUUUUUUUUGAAAUGUUUUUUUAUACCUGAACUACCUCUGGAGAGAUUUGCUCUCCGUGUGUUUUGUGUUUUGAGACAUAAUAUAUCUGAAUAUAACACUAUCUGUCUUUCAUAACUGUACAUAAUUUAAAUGUUGGUCCACUUGCAAAGUUUAACGUUUAUCUAAAUGUUUGCACACAUUUGUGACAUUCGAUGUUUGCAUUUUUUUACUCUAAAUUCCACUUCGCAAUUUUUUUACUGAUGUCCCCAUUGAGUUAAAUGCAAACCUUUUCAAUCAAAACUAUGUUAUCCUUGUUUUUUUUAAUUGUUUUCACACUAAAGUUGUAAAGUUGUUUCACUCUAAAUGUUAGUUUUGGAGAAAAAAAUUUUCAUUGCAAAAAUAUAUUGCCCAUCGUACCUAUAUGCAUAAUUGCUACUUACAAAUCAGAUCAGUGAUUUGUCUAAAUGUGACGUUUUUCUUACUCUACGUCUAUUUUCCUAUGAAAAUAUUACAAAAUAUUUCGGCACGAUACUGUAAUAUGUGUGAUGCAUGUGAGACUUGUAUAUAGAUGUUACUUGGCUUGAGCAUUGCGACUUUUAUAGAACGUGAAAUAACUUUUUAAAACUUACAUUUCGCAUUAAAAAUGCUUUAGUUUAAGUAUCAAGAUAAAAUAAUAUCAGUUUACAUAUUAUUUAAUCCACUAAAAUAUGCUUAUUUACUUCACUUUUAGUUUCGAAUUAAAUACUAGCUACCUUUUAACAGCAAGCUGUCUCUUAUUACUUUGAACAUAUUAUCAAUCUUAUUUUUCUAAAUAAGAUUAAUAAUAUAUCAAUAAUUCAAAUGUUUUUACGCAAGAAUCGAUUCAAAUAAGAAGGCUUAGAAAAUUUUAAAAAAUACAGUGUUCCAGAUGAAUUUGAUUUGGGAUAAUCUAAAAAACAUUUAUCUUUGUUAAGAAAUUCUUUUACUGUUCUUUGUGUCCGCCUUCAUAUAUUUUCUACUUUUCAGUGUAAGAUGACAAUUCUUGACAGUUUUCCAAUUGAAGCUCUUGAAAACAUGGCAAUGUCAUCAUGAAAUAUUUCACAUAAAGAAUCUAUUAGUUUGUUUCAGUUAUGAAUUCAGUUAUAAAUGCUACCUUUGCCACAAAUAAACGUAUCUGUGGCAUUUAAUCUCAGUUAGUGAUGCUCGUAUUCAUUCUCAAUUGAAAACAUUGAUUCUCAAUUAAAAGCAUUGAAAUCUGUUUUUAAAUUAUUUAUGUCUUUUCCCAUUACUAUCCAGUUCCAUGUGUUCGUACGUUUUUGGUCUCGUUUCUGGUUUUUCUCGUUUCUUUCCAGUAAAGCGCUAUUUCUAUGAAACAUUUCGUGUUCUCAAUCUGUUGACAAUGCUUACACGUUCGUAUACUGCUUGAAUGCAUUAGACAAUUGCCAGACAAUCACUAAUAUUCUUCAAUCAACUGGGGAAUCAAUCUGAUUCAUGACAAACCAGAUUGAACUUCUUUCCCUGGUUUCUGCUGAAAACAUUUUCCUCUGCCUAUAUAGGAACAACUGUAGCUUCUCGAUGAUCCCUCACAUUCCUCGUUUCUUCAUAAGAACAAAGCAUUUUAAAAGCUCUUUACAUUCCUUUCAUUGUUUAUAAAAAAAGAAUCUGCUUUCCAGUCAUUAUUUCAUGUUUCGUUGCGAGAUCAUUUUUCAAAAUUUCAUUUCUCAAAACAUGGGUCGUUUGAUUGGAUGCUGAAAUUUUGAAAAUAUAAAAUUUAUUUUUUUUAUUUAAAAAUGAGGUUCAUUGAUGCAUAUUUAUGAAUCAAAUGAAAUAAUUUAAAUGAUUUCACAAGCA